GUUGUUGCUUCCCGUUCCGAUCCAUGAACAAGCUCUUGUUCUCGACCAUAGAAGUGACUCGACAGGCGUUCUUCCGCUCACCAUUAUCGUUUGCGAUAGUCAAUCUCAAGCCGAUAGUUCCCGGACAUGUUCUUGUCAUUCCAACCAGGCCUGUUCCAAGAUUUACCGACUUGAACGGUGCCCAAACCUGCCUCAUAUACGCCUUAUUCGUUAAAUGAUACUGAUCUUUCUGACAGAGUCGGAACUCGCGUCACUCAUGACAUCCGUUCAGCGUGUUGGUAGAGUCAUCGAGCGUGCAUACGGGGCAGAUGCACUAACAAUAGCGUGUCAAGACGGAAAAGCGGCUGGACAAAGCGUACCACACGUUCAUUUUCAUAUACUUCCACGGAAAGCGUCCGGCGAUCGAUUCUCAGAUAACAACGACGCAGUCUAUCCUGAAUUAGAGAAGGCUGGAGGAGCUUUGGCGACAGAUUUUGCUCAGCAGGGAGCAGAGACAGGAUUGGGAUUCCAACCACUCAGAGUAGAUGCUGACGAUAGUCGACCGCCUAGAACACCGGAUGAGAUGGAACGAGAAGCAAACUGGCUUAAAGGAUUCUUUCAGGAGACAUAGUAUAAGACAUAUCAGAACACAAUCUAGAAGAUAUCUUGUAAGUAGGUCCAGCAUAGACAAGUAUAAGCAGUAGUAAGUACAAUCUAUGGGUACGUGUAUACAGUAAAUUCACCUUCGUA